CUUGACUUUGCCAGUUAACCCGUUACCAGAGUAAAUUCAGUAAAUAGUUCAACUGAAAUUGUUACUAUGGCAUCAAUAUGAAUCGUUGUUGAAAUUACCUCCGAGUAAAGCUAGCAGGUCUACGCCUCUUUUUUACUGUGCACAUGUAACAUUUGUAGGAUUUCCUUCACACAGUUUAAACCGUAGUAGGUCAUGUAAACUAAGUACGUAGCUAGCUAGUUACAGUGAGUUAGAAAGCAAGGUGCUAGAUACUUCAGACGACUGCUAUCCAUCGCUACCGCUACAAGACUAUUGUCUGCCCACCCGGCUACUGAUCCUUUCAAUGGCUGCUGCAAACAAACGUACGCUAUCGGGCAUCGAAGAUAUGAGAGACAGAAAAGCAAAGGUUAUUAAAGACAGCGGUGAGAAGAGACACAUCGCAGCCCUGAUCCUGGCGAGGGGAGGCAGUAAGGGGAUCCCCCUGAAGAAUAUUAAAAUGCUCGCCGGUGUCCCCCUCAUCGGAUGGGUUCUGAGAGCUGCAGUGGACUCCAAACAGUUUGACAGUGUGUGGGUAUCAACUGACCAUGAUGACAUUGAGAAGGUAGCCAAGGCAUGGGGAGCUCAGGUUCACCGCAGGAGCCCAGAGGUGUCCAAAGACUCCUCCAGCUCUCUUGACACCAUCCAGGAAUUCGCCCGAUUAAACCCAGAGGUGGAGGUGAUCUGUCACAUCCAGGCCACGUCUCCCUGCCUGCACCCCUUCCACCUGAAGGAGGCCCUGGAGAUGAUCACCAAGCAGGGCUUCACGUCCGUCUUCUCCGUGGUCCGACGACACCACUUCCGCUGGCAGGAGGUGAAGAAAGGAGGUAGUUUAGCCACCCAGCCUCUGAAUUUAGACCCGUGUAACAGGCCCCGGAGACAGGACUGGGAUGGAGAGCUGUGUGAGAACGGAUCUUUCUACAUUUAUACCAGAGCGACGAUAGAGAGAGGCCUGCAGGGGGGGAAGUGGGCUUACUAUGAGAUGCUGCCAGAGUAUAGUGUGGAUAUUGAUGUGGAUAUCGACUGGCCCGUGGCAGAACAGAGAGUACUGAGGUUUGGUUACUUUGGCCUGGACAAGCCUGAGGUGGUGCGUCUGCUGCUGUGUAACGUCUCCGGCUGUCUGACUGACGGCCGCGUCCUCAUCUCUGUCUCUGGAGAGGAGAUGGUCUCAGUCAACACCAGAGAUACUAUGGGUAUCCGCAUGCUGCAGAGAGAGGGGGUGGAGGUGAAGUGA